AUGAAAUUAAAAUCGAACUCUGAUGAUUCAGACUCAACAUUUGAAAAUACUUUUCCGGUUUCAAAAACGAAUUUUUCCGUACUUAAUGAUUUUCAACAAACUGACUUUUUACAACGUAAACUAGUUUCAAAGGAAUAUUUUUAUAACAAGAAAAUAGUUCUUCUUCGUUUUCCUCGGGAACUAACAUUGUCUUCUAUUGAUGCUUUGAUAUUUGAUUCUAAUAAAAUCAAAGAAAUAAGAAUUAAAGGUUCUGAUAAUAUUUAUUCCAGCUAUAAUGAGACAAUAAUGGAUAAUUCUUAUGGAUUAAUAUUUUCUUCGAAUGGAAGUAAUAUCUAUGAAAUAUAUCAGAAUUUUCAUUUUGCUGAUCAAACCACUGUUACUGUAAUGGAAAGGAUCCCCGAAAUAUCACAUAUAGCUUUUGAUACUCCCUCCUUAAAACGGAAUUUUAGAAGUUUAAAAACAAAAUUUAAGUCAAAUGAAUUUGAUGAUAAUUUUGGAGAUAUUAAAAUAUCUGAAUUAAAGAUGCAUUCCAAAAAUAUGACAUUUCCGCAUGUCGAUGAUGUAAAUUUAAAAAGCAUUGUUGCAAAAAAACAUAUGUAUGGUGAUUAUAAAAAUAAUAGAAAAAAAAUGAAAGUUAAAAAAAAUAACAUAUAG